CAUUAUGUUAUCCUUUCUAUCAUGGCAUGACCUCAGGUUUUUCUCUGUUCUGAAUUGACCGUCGAUUAACAUUAAUUGGAGUUGAUGGAAGAGGCCUAUAUUAAAUAAUUAAUAAAUUGUGCAAGAUUUAAUAUCAAAAGAUUGGGCUUCACACAAGUGUUAAUGCUGUAUUAAAUUAUCGCAAAUUACAACUAAUUUUUUAUAUGUGCCGAUCUGGUAUGACAGACGCAAGAAGUUUGAAGGAAGCUAUCGAGCAAUAUGAAAUCCAGCUGUCGCAAGUGGAUGCAACACUAUCUACAACGCCAAAAGGUCCUUACAGAGACAACUUGCUCAGCUUGAAAUCUGACAUUAAUGAACUUAUUUUCUUAACGAAAGAAAGUUUGCAAAGUCUUGAAGAAAAUGUAGAAAACACAAAUGAAGAUAAUCCUGAUGACAAGACGGAGGAUCUAUUGGACAAAGAAUAUGUCUUUUUUAAGGCAGAGCUAGAAAAAUCUUCAAACGACAAUAAAGAUGAACAGGACAACAAAACUAUAGCUGCUUCUGGUAGCAUUGAAGACGAAUUAAAGGAGCUAGAGGGUACGAAAUGUAAAGCUCCUCAUAGCAGUACUUGGGGUGGUAUCGGUUAUCAUAAUGCUAUGAUAUGUUCUGUUUAUAAGGACAGUGGUGAAACAAUUAAAGAUAUUCAUGACAUUAAGGUUCGAGUUUUCUUUCUCAAUCCAAUAUACAAGGAAAUGAUCCCAUGUCCAUAUUUUCUCAAUGGUAGUUGUAAAUUUUCCGAUGAAAAUUGCCAUUAUUGUCAUGGCAAAAUUGUGCCGUUUUCAAGCCUACAAGAAUACAAGGAACCUGAUUUUCAUAACAUUAAAAUAGGAAGCAAGGUGUUAACUAAACAAAAAAAUAAUAUGUGGUACAGAUCCAUUGUUUUAAAAUUACCUGAAAAGAAUGGAGAUGAAUACAGAGUAAAAUUUGAAUCAAGUGGCAAAAUUGUAGAAGCCGGUUUACAAGAUCUCUUACCUUUAGAUGACACAAAUUUAGAAAUGUCAAAUACAUUUAAUGAUAGCAAUAACGAUGAUGAAGAUACGAAUAAUGUUGAUAAUGAAUUACAACCUAACUCAUACAUAAAUAACCAAUUAGUUCAUAAAUCUCUUUUGACAUUACAAUCAACCAAUGAAGCUUUAGGAAAUUGGGAAAAACACACACGUGGUAUUGGUAGUAAAUUAAUGAUGCAAAUGGGUUAUGUGAUUGGUUCUGGUCUUGGAAAACGGAGUGAUGGUAGAAUAGAACCUGUUGAAACUCAAAUUUUGCCUGCAGGAAAAUCAUUAGAUUACUGCAUGGAAUUACGUGAAUUUGCUGGUGAUGAUAAAGAUUUGUUUUCUGCAGAACGUAACAUGCGUAAACAACAACAGAAAUUAGAGCAGCAAAGAGAAAGAGAGUAUCAAAAACAAAAACAAAAAGAUGAUAAUGAUGUGUUUAAUUUUAUAAAUAAAGCGUUAAGUGAUAAACCUGAAGAAAAUAUAGCUAGUAGUUUACAAAGCAAAGAUAAACUUAAGACAGAAUCUAAUAGGAACUUAAAUGUAGCUAGUUUUCAAAUUGGAGAACAUAUAAAUCGUUUAGAAAGAGAAUCAUUGAAACUCAAAGAAUCAUUAACAAAGCAUGCCAAGGGUAGUGUAUUUUACAAUAGCAUUGCAAUGAAGUAUAAUGAAAAACAAAAGGAACUUACCAAUUUAAGAGCUUCUGAAAAAAAUAUCGUUGCUGAACAAAACCAAAGGAAGAACAAAGUUAAAUUAUCUAUAUUUUGAUAACAUAGCAACAAUGGGAUAUACUUACAUAUGCGCGCGCAACACACACAUUCUUUCUCUCUUUCUCUCUCUCUCUCUCACACACAUACACAUACAUACACACACACUUUAUUAGGAAUGCUGUAUAUAAAGUAAAUCUAAAUACAUUGUUUCAUUAAUGUUUCUUAUAU